AUGGCCUUCUCUAUGUCUUUUAGGUAUAUUGCAAUACUAUACAGAUACGGUCGCCCCAUAUGCAAUACAUGCACAAAACAGCUCCUUAGUGGGACACUCGCCCUUGUCGGUAACCAUUCCAGCGUCUGUUUACGCGGAACUCGUCAAGCUCAGGGGUCAAACAAAGAUAUCCUUACUAGCUCUCCUACGGUUACAUCAAAGCCGUUUUCAUGUGGUGAUAUGAGUCCCGGUAAAAUACAUAUGAAACAAAUUCACAGUGUACAGCAGCCAGAGGCAGGCAAAAUAGAAUAA